AGCCAAGACUCGUUGGAACGUGCCCGCAACAAGGCAAGAAUCAAGAUCAACAUAUCAAUGGGUGUGGCUACACUGCUUGGAUGCUUGCUCAUGAUCUGGUCGGGAAAGAAGGCACAAAGAGAAGGGCAGUCAGUCGUGAAGAUGAACGAGGAAUGGCACAAGAAAAUGAGGGAAGAAGCCAAUAAGGCUAAGGCUAAUGCGGAAGGGGAUAAAGCAUCUUAGAAAUGUGUUAGGGUUGGUGAGAGUUGUUGACCAUUAGUGAUAUGAAUUAUUGUAUUUGUAGAGGGAGAAUGUUGGUGAUAUGUAAAUUGGUAGAUUAUAUAUAAUACUCCUAUUUUGUACACCCUGGUUUCAGUAGCAAAAUAAAGUAACCAAGGUAAACUGUAUUUUUAAAAGGUAUUCUAAAUAUCAAGAAUAUUAAUUUUCAAUACACGUGUAUAUAUAUGCAGUAUUAUCCUGUGGCAUGUAUUUUAUGUACUACACAAUUCCUACUUUUUUAUAAUGGAAUGCAAAUGAAGUAAUAUACCUUCAGCAAUAUUUUGUUCUGGCAUGCCCCUUAAAUUAUUAUUGUUUUGAUUAUCUAUUUAUUAUUAUUAUUUUUUUUAAUUGUUAUCAAUUUAUAUGUAAGGAAUCAUUUGUAACACAUUGAUUAUUGAAAGGUGUCAAUGAAAAUGUAAAGCAUUGAGA